AUGGAGUCUCCCCAGGUUCAGCGCAAGGUGGAGGCCUGGGUGGAGACGCGCGUUGGAGUGGAGAUGCCGCCCGAGAUCAAGGAGCGCAUCAGCGGCUCGCUGCGCAAAAAGCUGCAGAAGAAGAAGGCCGAGAAGACUCCCGAGGAGAUCGAAGCCGACCGCGAGGCGCGCCGCGAGCGCAUGCGCCAGCAAUGGCAGAAGCCCGAGUACGCCGCGUCUGUUGCCGCUAAGCUGAAAGCGGCAGCUGAACGCCGCCGCGCCGCCCAGAAUGCCGAGCUGCAGCGGCUCGCCGAGGAGGACCCAGGGUUAAUGGACAAGGUGCGAGGGGAGGAGCUGGCCAGGCAGCGGGCCGCCAAGGCGCGCACCAAGGAAAACAAGGCGGCAAGGCUGGCGCGGCUGAUGCAGGAGGAUCCGGAGGGGUACCGGAAAGCUGUGGAGGAGGAGGAGCAGGCGGCACACGAACGCCGCGAGCGCCACAACAGGGCCAAGGGUUGA